AUGGAUACCAUCUUGGUUUUCAGCCCCAUCAUUACAUCCUAUGAUGCUAACAAGAAAGAACUCAGAGACAGCAGCUGCCAUGUGGAACUGCUGCCUGGUCUCUUCCUCUCAAAGGAACUGGCUUCAUUAUCCUAUCUGGCUUUUCUCUUUCCAGAAGCUCAGACAGAAGCCAAAUGGCCCACAUUCAUCCUAAAUCAGACUGUGGCUACCUUGCAGUGUCUUGGUUCUAGGAGCAAAGUGAAAGUCAACCUUGUAUAUUUGCAAAAAAGGCGAAAGGUCAAGCACACUCUGAAGAACCUGAGAGAAGCUGUUCCCUGCAGAAACAGUACUGCCCCCCCGAGCUGUCACCUAACCCUCACAUCCAAGGUUCAGACUGGAUCCCUUGUGACAGGCAAAGCUUUUUUACCAGGAAUCUCCCAGUGUAAGGUCUAUCCAGUGAUGGGGGCUUCAUCAGAGACUUUCCCCACCACUACCACCUUCGUAACUCCUGGGAAAAAAGGAGAGAAAACUACAAGCUCAGACACACAUGAGGACCUACAGAAGAGGCAGACAUGGAGCAGUGUCAAAUUUCUGAUUGCAGUCACCUUGCUCAGUGGAAUUGCCAUUAUAGUGUUCGUCAUUUUUGAAGCCCCAGGCCCUAGUCAAUGCCUAGGAGCCAGAGAGCUAUGCCAAUGCCAGAGGUUGUGGCGAAGGCCAAGAAAGGAAAGCCAGCAACCUGGUGUAGCUGAAUCCCAGACUGACAGCCCAAAAAGGAAAGUUAGACAAGAUGCUCCCAAAUCAUCAAGCUCCAAGAAAGCUGCAGAGAUCACUGUGGUCCACGAGACAUACUUCUGA